UAUUUCAAAUUAAAUGGAAUAUUUCUGGAAUGCAGUAUCACAAACAUGCGAACAAAGUUUUUUCAAACUUAAUGGACAGUCGUAUUUAACCAAUGCAUCAGAUCUGUUCAAAGCUAUGUUGACGGUAGCUCCAACAGUUACAGAAAAUCUUGAAGAUUGCAAUUGGAGAAAUAAAUUUAACUAUUGUAAUAUAUUGUGGAAUAAUGUUGUAACUGACGAAGGAAUUUGCUUUUCAUUUAAUUCACUUAAAUCUGAAUAUUAUCGGACAGAAUUGUACAACGCUCGUAAAGAAGAUUUUAUCGGUUUCGAAUUUGACAAUGUUGAUGAUUUAGAUUGGAAUUUAGAAAAUGGAUACAAGAAAGACUCAAAAUCAUGGGUAUUUCCAAAUCGUGUUUUGGGACCUGGAGACAAAGAAAGUCUUGUUGUGUCUUUUUUAGAUAAAAAAGUAAACAAACAACCAUUGUGUAGAAAUUCUGUUGGUGGUUUCAAAGUGAUUCUUCAUACGCCUGGCGAAGAUCCACAAGUGUCGAAGAAUUUUAUUCAAUUACCCUUAGAUCAAUCCGUUUCAUUGACAAUCAGACCGAAUAUUAUGGCUUCUGGAGACUUACGACAUUAUUCUCCAGAAAGACGCCAAUGUUAUUACCAGAAUGAACGAUAUUUGAGGUAUUUCAAAGUCUACACUCAGGCUAAUUGUGAAUCGGAAUGGUUGGCAAAUGAGACCCUUUCAGAAUGUGGAUGUGUCAAAUUUUCAAUGCCAAGAAAUUCAUCUCAUCCAAUUUGUGGAUAUGAAAGUCUUAAAUGCCUUGAAUCGGUGAUAAACGAAAGUCGAAAGUUUAAAUUUAAACACGGAAAGGAUCCAAAUAAUUAUUGUCUACCUACUUGCAUAAGUAUUGAAUACAAAACAGAGCUUGAACAUCAAGUUCCAAUAACUUAUGCUCAGAUUAGAGAAUCUAAUUCGGAAGCAGGUUAUUUGAACACAGUUAAUUUUGUUUCAAGCUACCGAAUAACAAAACUAAAAUUGAAAUUUAAAGAUGACACAUUCAAUGGUUUGAAGCGGACAGAAUUAUAUAGUCUGUCAGAUUUUAUUGCAAAUUGUGGUGGUUUAUUGGGACUUUUUAUGGGUAUUUCGAUUUUGAGUUUGGUGGAAUUGGUGUACUUUUUUACACUGAGAUUAUCUACGAAUUUGAAAAAUAGAAGGAAAAUACAACAGAAUCUGUUAGAGAAUGCAACUAAAUAUUAAUUUAAUUCUACAAUAGGUAUGACUUUUGUAAAGAAUAUGGCCCGGAACACUCAACUAAGGGGACAAUAGUUAAUAAAUUGGGUUGCAGUACCAUCUUAUUGGUAAUAUAAUGCACCUAUUUGAACCAGUGGAAUAUAUUGGAUUAAAUCUGGUCAAUCAUUUUAAAGUCUCAUCAUCCAUUAAUGUUUUCAAUAAAAUUAACAAAAACU